UUAUCUUGAAUACAUCUAAAACAAUCUCUAAGAUUCCGUGCAUUUCAAACUGUUAUCAGGUAUCAACAUACUCUGGUCCUGUAUUCAAAAUUGAAAGACAUGAGUACAUCAACGAUUUCGAGUGCAGUUGAUGCUAAUGAAAGUGCAAACGAAGAAAUUGAUGAAACAACGCCUCUUCUUGAAAAUGGAUCAAGAACUGUUGGUGACAGAGUUUCCAGCAUAGGAACGGAAAGGCUACAAAACAACAAAAGGCACGUGUGCUGUAUUUACAUCAGUGGAUUUCUUUCGUUUGCCAUUUUCUUUGCUUUAAUAUUUGGCUUACGUUUUGGACCUGAUUUAGAAAUGAGUCUUAAUCAGGAUACACACUACAGUUCUUUCUUCAUUGGAGAAUAUGCGGGAGGAUUCAAUGGUGUCUUAACAAUUACAAAUACAUAUGUUCAAACGAUAUACCUGAUUAUUUUACACGAUGGUCAACAUAAUGGAAAUGGUCAAGCGGGAAUCAAACUUAUGUUUUACCUUCUUUCUAUAAAUAAUCUGGGAUUUUGGAUGGUCGAUUCCUUGGCACAAGCGAGAUAUCCUCCAUUUACAUAUUCAUUAAAGUCUUUUUAUAACGAUACAUGGUGGAAGAUAUUCAACAAAAUUGUUUUUCCUUUUUUCAUAUUUUACCGUUUUAAAGCAGCUUUGUUUUUCUUUGAGUCGUGGUGUAGCAAAGAAGAGACUGAUCACUACAAUCGAGAACCUAUGAGACAGAUCGAAGAAACGUCUGUUGGUGAUAAUACAACAAGAACAAGACGCCAAAGCUUAUAUGAUCAAUGUUAACCACUUUCUACUCUUUAACAAUUGCAAAAAUGUUAUAAACCAUAUCAAGAAUUGUUAAAAAUGAAUUUUAAAAAGUACACUAGAUUGUUAAGGGAGCUUUGUCAGAAUUAGGUCGAUAGUUACAGAAUUUGGAAUCGUUUGAAUAACUGUAGCAAAUGUGUGACUGUUUUAUGAUAUCAUUAUUGUGAGCUAAUUUGAAGUUUUAAUUUUCAUUUAAUUCUUCUCUACAAUAUAGUAGUGUAUGAAUUUAUUUUUAAAAAUAUUUUUUUAAACUCAU